UAAUUUAUGUUGCUUUAAAAAACGGUAAUGAGUUAAAUAAUUAAAUUCGUUAGGUGGGAGCGGUUUGUCCGAUACGGAGGGAGAAGAAUCAGAUGUUAAGUUUAGUUAAACUUAGAGUGCUGUUUAGUUGUUACUGUUUCUUCUGGCUGACCUGAUGAUACAGUUCCUAACUGGCAAUAUUACUGUUUCAAUUAAAUUACCGGUUGCAUUAUUACAGGAAGCCUUUAUUUAAUACGAUUCAUUUUUUUUUUUCAAUAAAAUGCCAGAGAACUGCGAGACGUUGCCGGUAAAAGAUUUAAAAUCGUUGUUACAAGAGUACUUGGGUGACAAUGCUGAGAUAAAAGGAACAGCAUGGAAACAUUUGACAGACCCGGGUGAAAAUUUUGGCAGCUUAAUUUUAGCCAUUGACGUAACGGUGCAGCAAAAUAAAAAAAAAGAAAUUCUUCAUGUUGUUACAAAAUUACCUCCACCGUCUAAUUAUCUAAUGAAGUUAUUCAACAGCCCGUUUUCUUUCAGCAAAGAGAUAUCGUUUUAUAGAGAUUUAACUCCAGCAUUACUGGAAUUUCAGCGGGAACGCGGGAUAAUAAAUCCCGAGAAGACGUGGAUCGGGGCCAGGUAUCUGGGGAGUCGGGUUGGAUUGACAGAUGAAUUUGACGAGCAAGCUUGCAUUGUUUUGGAAAAUCUAAACUACUCGGGGUACAAAAUGAGCAACCGUCUAAGUGGACUCAAUCGGCACGAAACCGAGUUCGCGGUUAAAAAACUUGCGCAACUGCAUGCCAUGACGAUUGGUCUGAAGAAGGUCAAGCCGGGAGUAUUUAAAGAGUUGGUUAUGCCAGCGCUGGGUAGUAUCAUCAAUGACACGGCGCAUCAGUGCGUAAUGGAUAUGGUCAAAAAGACAAUGGAGCACUUGGAGAGCAUCCCCGAGAGCCGUAAGUACGUCGAUGUAGUCCGGCAGUCAAUGGAAUUGGCGGGAAAGUAUGAAAGCUGUCAAGUAAAAGAUGAAAGUUGGUGCACUUUGACUCACAACGACUUCUGGGUCAACAACAUGAUGUUCAAGUUUGAUGACAACAACAAUGACCAGGUGGUUGACAUGAAAAUAGUCGACUUCCAACUCUACGGAUACGACUACGGCGCUAAGGAUUUAAUAUUUUUGCUGGUAUCUAGUCCAGUCGAUAGUAUUAUCGAAGAUAUAUUCGACGACAUGAUAGUCGUUUAUUACGACGCAUUUAUUGACGUGCUCAGAAAAUUAAAUGUUGAUUGCACAGAGUUUAAUCGGGAUAAGCUGAUUAAUAUUGUUGAGGAGUGUGCGCCCUAUAGACUGGCGCAGUGUCUUAUGAUGACGCAAGUUAUUAAAUCACAGCCGGGUAAAGCUCCGAAGAUGGAGUGCAUUGAUGGUAAAGAUAGUUUUUUGCAAAUAGGAGGCGGUAAAGAUCAUUACGAUAAAUUGUCACUGAUAUUAAAUCUCUUCCGCAAGAGAAACUGGCUGCUGGCCGAUAAGAAAUGAUUUAUAAAAAUUUAAAUAUUUUCUAUUGAUCUAAUCAAGAAGAUAAAUUAUUUUAAAAGUAUUAUAUACAAGUUAUUUAUUUUUAAUUUAUAAAAAAUAACAUUCCGUGUGUUUAGUCGAGGAUCCAAUCAGUCUUAGUCUGCUUUUAUCGCUGAAUUUAAAAUCGUAUUUAUAAAUAAUAAUAAUAUUCACCUCAAGGAGAUCGGCAACCGCGUCAGGUAAAUUGAACUCGCGUACGACGCGUAGUCUCACUUGUCUGCUGAUCUCGUGCCGGCAAGAUAACGGUAGAGUCAUUGCGCGUUGACAGCUUGGAGACUGACGGAGUUUUUGCUCCCGUUUCAACAUCGCUGACAUUGUAACUGCGUCUGGAACUAAUUAAAGUAUUAAUUAUUAUUAUUAUUAUUUAUUGUUUUAUUUUAAUUAAUAUACAGCAAUAAGUACUAAAUAAGUAAACAAGUAGACGGACAAGUCUAACUAUUAAGAGAAAGGAAACGCGGUUGUUUAAUUACCAGGAAGAGCUGCGGCGAGAACAUCAACACCAGCAGUGCCCAUUGAUCGCGGUUUCUCAUCCACCAUGUACAGUGUAUCUGGUAUGUCGGGAAUGUAUCGCGCCCUUCUUAAUCUAACUAAUUCUGCUUCUUGUACCAUGUGUUCUUCGACUAGACUCUAACAGAAUAAAAAAAUAAUUAAUAUACAUGUAGAUAGAUAAUAAAUAAAUAUUGUAAUGAAUAACAAAAA